GAUUUUCCUCUUUCAGCAAUCUCAACGAUGGGAGCCAAGCAGCCAUACUGCCUGCAGAGGAUCCCCCGCCAUAUUCCCCGAUGGCCUCUCCCGAGAGUGGCAGUGCCCCUAUGAUCACUUGCCGAGUCUGCCAGAGCCCCAUCAAUGUGGAGGGAAAGAUGCAUCAGCACGUGGUGAAAUGUAGUGUGUGCAAUGAGGCCACGCCAAUCAAAAAUGCCCCGCCUGGUAAGAAGUAUGUGAGAUGUCCUUGCAACUGUCUUUUGAUCUGCAAAGUGACAUCACAGCGCAUCGCCUGUCCGCGGAUAUAUUGUAAAAGGGUCAUUAACUUAGGCCCUGUUCACCCUGGCCCUCCAAGUCCAGAGCCUCAGCCCGUGGGUGUGCGUGUCAAUUGCGGCCACUGCGAAAACAAUUUCCUGUGGACAGAAUUCACAGAUCGCACUUUAGCCCGAUGCCCCCACUGCCGCAAAGUCUCCUCCAUUGGGCGCCGCUAUCCGCGGAAGAGGUGCUUCUGCUGUCUUCUGCUGGGGGUGCUUAUGGCUGUAACAGCAACGGGAUUGGCGUUUGGUACCUGGAAACAAGCACAGCAGUAUAGGGGGGUCUAUGCUGCCUGGGCUGUGGUUAUUUUCCUGGCUUUGGUUUUCCUUGGCCGAGCUACAUACUGGGCUUGCAUGAGGGUCAGCCAUCCCAUCCAGAACUUCUCCUGAGCCUCUCCAAGCUCCUCUUGGUUUGCCACCGCUGCUCCACCACGUCAUCUCCAACCUCGUCUUCUCCCCUCCACUUCCAUUUGGAGUUGGGACUGCCAUGCCACCUUCUUGCUGUGCCAGCUCCCAACGUUAUCAUCUGAGUAACUGUGGGACAACCCUGAUAUCUAUGAGUCUUCUUCCAUCUCUGUUGCUCUGAGCCAGGAUUGGUGGCCAAAGAAAGUACAAUUGACUCCAAAGGAGCCGAAGCCCAGCUCUCUAGGGUUCCGCCAACGAUGGCCAAGUUCCUGUUGAUCCUGCAGGUAACAGAAAACUAAUUGUUCCAAAGAGAAACUUGAACGCAGCUGGACGGUUUGGGAUUCAAGCAGUGGUGGCUCUUUUGCUGACUAACACACA